AUGUCGGAUUUUAAUAAAUUUAAAAAAAGUGAUUUAAGUAAUGUUUUAAAGAAAGUUGGAAUUCGUACAACUGCAAAAGAUAAUAAAAAAGUAUUAAUUGAAAAAUUAGAUCAAUAUAUUACAUCAAAUCCUUCUUUAAAAUCAAAUGUUUUAAAAUAUUUGAAUGAUGCUGGAUUAGUUUCUGGACCAGUUGAUGAAGAAGAAAUUACAGUUGUUGAAGGAGUAGCAGAUGAAGAUGAAGAUGAUGAUGAAGAAGAUGAUAGUGAUGAAGAUGAUGAUGAUGACGAAGAAGAAGAAUUAAUUAUUGAAGAAGAAUUAGUUGAAGAAGAUGAAGAUGAAGAUAAAGAUUAUCAAGCACCACCACCAUUAAAUUUAAAAGAAUAUAUUUUGGAUCCAAUUAUUGCUAAAAGUGAAGAUGCAAUUGAUAAAUUUUAUGAAUUUACUGAUUCUGUUGGUAUAACAUAUUUAGAAACAAGUGAAAAAUUAAGAGAUCAAUUAAGUUCAACUGUAACAUUAAAUUUUUUAGAAUUAAUUUUAGAAUUUUCAAUUUUUUUAUAUAAUUUUACAACAAUUGUUCCAUUAAAUAAAAAUAAAUUAAUUCAUCAAUUUUUUCAUGAUAAUUUACCAUAUUUAUCAGAAUCAACUUUCCCAUCAGUUGAAUUAACUGGAUUAUUUGAAUAUAAAUCUUUAAUUACUGGAUUAUUUUGGAUAAUUUCUGCAAUAAUUUUACCAUCAAUUAUAUCAUAUUUUAUAAAUUUUACUUCAAGAGUUAUUGAAAUUGAAGAUGAUGAAUAUUUAUUUAGAAUUUAUUCUUUUGAUCCUUUUAUUUUUGCUAUUGCUAAAAUUUUAGUUUAUUAUUUUAUUGGUAACAGUGUAUUGAUUGAAUUUGCAACUUAUAAUAGUUGGGUUUCUGGUAUUAUAAAUAAUUUAUUGAUUAAUUUAGGAUUGUAUCAUACUUUUGCUUCAACUUUAGGUACUUUACCUUAUGUUUUAGGUGGAGUAAAUGUAUUAAUUGCUUUAUAUUCACAAUUUGAAGAAUAUUAA